AUGGCUGCCACCACAGCCAUCAAUUCUGCGUCGUACAAAGAGUGGGACGUUGAACGCUACCAAGAUCAACACAGUUUUGUGUGGGAAUACGGCCGUGGUUUGAUUGAUUGGCUCAAGCCAUCACAAGGAGAACGCAUCUUGGACGUAGGAUGCGGAACGGGUGAAUUGGCCGCUCAAAUUGCCGAUGAAUACGACACGGUAUCGGUCGUUGGAAUGGACCGUGAUCCUGCCAUGAUUGCUCAAGCGAAGCAACAGUUCCCUCAUGUAUCCUUUGUGCAAGGAGACGUCCGUACGUUGGAUUGUUUUGCCGAUGACGACCCCUUGUUUGAUGCCAUUUUUUCCAAUGCCGCCUUGCACUGGGUGCCGUCUGCCGACGCAAAACAGUCUGUCCAAGCCAUGUCUCGAGUCCUGAAACCGGGAGGUCGUUUCGUCGUCGAGCUUGGUGGCAAAGGGAACAUUCAAACCAUUCUUUCCUCCAUGCAACAAGUGUUUGGCAGCGAUACGAAUCCCUGGUACUUUCCCAGCAUUUCGGAAUACACGACCCUGUUGGAGCAGCACGGCGACAUGGAGGUGUUGUCAGCCACGUUGAUCGAUCGUCCGAAUCCCCUGGUGGGACCGGAUGGUGUUGCGAACUGGGUGCGAAUGUUUGGCAGUUCGUUUCUGCAUGAUGUGGAAGAAGAAGACAUGGAAGAAGCCCUCGAGCAAAUCCAAGAAACGUGCCGGGCCAAGUUAUACGACGCGGAGGCGAAGCAAUGGGUGGCGGAUUAUCGACGCCUUCGAAUUGUGGCGCAGAAGAAGGGCUAG